AUGUGCCCCAAGUUCCCCAAGCAGAACAAUCUGGCCGUCUUCCAAACUUUGAGAGCCCUAUUGCUCUGCACCGUAUUAUAUUGUACUUGCUACCUGGGACUUACACAAGUACACCCUGAAGAUGUGGACAUCCUCCAAAAGUUGGGGCUCAAGGGAGAGAAACCGUCGCGCUCGGUGCCAGCAGGGGUCAUUCCAUUCAGAUCGGGGAUCAUCCUCAACCAGCGGGCGCACAUUGAAACCCCGCUGCGCUCCGUCUUCCCAGCAGCCAUCUGGUCCAACCUGGCACUGGUCCUGAGUGUCCGCUCACACCGUGUCAGCAGUGCUUUCCUCUUCACCCUGCUCUCAGGCCGCAAGAAGCUCCUUCUCGGUCUGCAGCUUGCACCAGGGCAUCUGGUCCUUCACACAGGACCAAACACCUCGGUGGCACUGCCCUAUGAGCCCCAUGAUGGUCAGUGGCACCAGCUGGCGGUGGGAAUUAAUGGACAGAGAGUGACUCUUUAUGCCUCCUGCGGAGAGCAGAGUGUUCAUGCAGACUUUGGGUGGGACAGUGAGGAGGGACUGGCUCCAGAGCUCCAGGGCUCCUUCCUGCUGGGGCGGACAAGCCAGCAGCAAGCUUCAGCACACUUUGAAGGAGCCAUCUGCCAGUUUGACCUGGUCCCUUCUGCACAGGCAGCUCACAACUACUGCAGGUACAUUAAGAAACAGUGCAGGGAAGCUGACACAUACAGGCCUAACCUUCCUCCCUUGUUGCCUAUCCUACCACGAGAAAAAAACAUCACAGCUACCGUUGCUACCCCUAAACGCGGUGGCCCGGAAACGUCCAGGAAGACCACAGCGCUGAGUCUUGCCAAGAGUGUUGCCGCUGCUGCCUCGGCUGUCAGAUAUGUGGCCCCCACCCAAACAAUAAGGCCCAGCCCUUGGACCAUUCCGACACCCUUUCUGGCAACAGUGAUGCCAGUAACAGUCCAGCUUGGUUUGGCCUCCCCGCCUCCCAAGGGCACAACUGAAACUGUCACAGCACCACUCAGGACAAGAGCACCCCCGACUAAACCACCCCCGACUAAACCACCAAACCCAAGACCCACCACCUCUAAAGCUUCAAAUCAGAAAACCUCCAAACCCACUCCCCCAAAGCCCACUCCUCAAAACCGCUUCAAAAAAACAAUUGCAGGAACAGACAACAAGAAGAAACCUACUAUUCCAGCCACUACUAGCACCAAACCCGCCAAGACAAAGCCUGACUCUGCCUUUUCAGACCAAGGUACAGUAGCAAAGAAACCGCAACCCACCACAGCCAAGAAAACAUUUCCCAAGCCGAAAGUCACGCCAUCCAAAGCCACUCCGUCCAAACCCAAAACAAAUUCUGUCAAAGUUGUCCCUUCUAAAUCCACAACAGGCAAAGUCAACCCAUCAAAAUCAACAUUCUCCAAAACUACAGUUGCUAAAACCUCCAAGCCAGUCUCCAAACAGGUCAUCAAACCAACAAGGCAAGCCAAAACCACCAAGGCUACCGUCACCCCGCGACCGACCAGAGCUUCAGACAACCCAGUAACACCACCUGCUACAGAUGGCUUCCAGAGCUGGGAGGUGCCACCUACUCUGUUCUCCCUGCUGGAUGGACCUAUAGGACAGAAAGGAGACGCAGGCCCAUCGGGACUGCCAGGACCUCCGGGGAAGCCGGGCCUGCCAGGCAAGAGGGGUCCUCGGGGCACCUCUGGUCCUCAUGGAAACCCUGGCCGGAGCGGUCCCCCCGGACUCAAGGGGAGAAAAGGAGACCCUGGCAUCUCACCUGGGCCAGCACCUAAAGGAGAGAAGGGAGACUCUGGGAUUCUUGGCCCUGUCGGACUGAUCGGCCAAGAAGGUCGGAAGGGACAGAAAGGUUACCUUGGUCCACCUGGACUCCCCGGAGAGACUACGUGCAGCGUGUCAGAGAGCAUCUUCCUCAGAGUGGAGGAGGCGGGGCUGCAGGGAGCGAUAGGGCCUGACGGUCCGACAGGAGAGAUGGGCUUAGAGGGCAAGGCGGGUUCUGAUGGUCCUCCAGGAAAAAUCGGUUUCCCUGGACCACAGGGGAAGAUCGGAGAGUCGGGGGAAACUGGGUCUAAAGGUUUCUCUGGUGUCCAAGGACCCUCGGGACCUCCAGGGGACAAGGGAAUAUCAGGCGAGCCGGGAUCAGCGGGCCCUCCAGGGACUGUGGGAGUGUUGGGAGAAAUUGGUCAAAAGGGUCCUCCAGGCAAGGUGGGGGAGCUGGGACUGCAUGGCGAGCCAGGGGAGAAGGGGCCCAUUGGACUUGCUGGGAACAUCGGAGAGCAGGGACUGAUGGGACAGCGGGGAGAGCCAGGCCUAGAGGGAGAAGCUGGUGCAGCUGGUCCCGAUGGAACUAAGGGGGAAAAGGGCGACAUGGGUCAGGAGGGCGACAACGGAGAAAAAGGUGAAAUUGGGCUAAAGGGAAAGGAGGGCCCCGCUGGAAGUCCUGGACUCAACGGCGUCAGAGGUCCAGAAGGGAAACCUGGCACAUUUGGGGAAAGAGGCAAACAAGGGUCAAAGGGGGCCAAAGGUCAUCAAGGUCACCUCGGGGAGACUGGGACGGUGGGGAAGACUGGACCGCCGGGUUUCGUCGGGCCGAAGGGCUCCAGAGGAACCAUCGGACACGUGGGAGCUCCGGGUCGGAUGGGUCAACAGGGGGGACCCGGUCUUGCAGGUUACCAGGGCCAUCAGGGGACACAGGGGCCCAUGGGGUCUACAGGACCAAAAGGUGAAAAGGGCGAGCAGGGGGAUGAUGGGAAAGUGGAGGGUCCUCCUGGUGCUCCAGGUGACAUAGGCACGCCGGGGGACCGAGGAGAGAGAGGGGAGUCAGGAGAUCCGGGCUAUAAAGGUCAAGACGGCGUGGACGGGGGGAGAGGCCGGUCUGGAGCUCCCGGGCUGCUGGGACAACCUGGACCUCGAGGGCAACAAGGACCCAAAGGGGCCAAAGGAGAUCAAGGUCUGGAAGGUAAAAAGGGUCAGUCGGGACACAAAGGAGCCCGAGGGCCGGAGGGUUUGGGUGGUGCUCACGGUCCCAGAGGUGUGGUGGGCCGGGAGGGACUGGAGGGUGUCCCCGGGAUGGACGGACUCCUGGGAAAGGAUGGCAGUAAAGGCACGCCGGGAGAACAUGGUGACGAUGGGGAGGCUGGUGUUUCUGGCAAAGCUGGCUCACGUGGUAAAACUGGAGUCCCAGGACUCCCAGGAGAUCAGGGGAGCUUUGGAUUAAAGGGGGAGCAGGGUCUUCGAGGCCAGAGUGGCCCUCCAGGGAAAAGAGGCUUCAGAGGUGGGAUGGGACUGCCAGGGCUGCAGGGAGAGCAAGGUCCUAAAGGACAAUCUGGGGAUUCAGGGGAACCAGGUUUUCCAGGAAUUCUGGGAGUUUUUGGACCAAGGGGGCCUCCAGGAGACUUUGGGCCAAAGGGCAUACAGGGACCCAAGGGUCCGCAGGGCGUGAUGGGAAGAGGAGGAGUCGUCGGCCCGAUGGGAAUCAUUGGUCCCAAUGGAAGCUCAGGUCCCCGAGGAGAGAAGGGAAAUCGUGGAGAGACUGGAUUGCAAGGCCCACAGGGGUCUCCUGGACCUCGUGGACCUCCUGGACUCCCAGGCCGCCCGGGGAUCCCUCUGUCAUUUCAGGAAGACGGCCUCUUGUUUAUGGACUCACCCCCCCCUCUCAGGACUGAGAACAAGCCAGCGAUGGACCUGCCGAUGCUGGACCAGGGCGCAGAGAUCUUUAAGACCCUCCACUACCUCAGUAACCUGAUCCAGAGCCUGAAGAACCCACUGGGCACUCGGGACAACCCUGCCCGCCUCUGCAGGGACCUGCACAGCUGUGAACAGAAGUUAAACGAUGGCACUUAUUGGAUGGACCCCAACCUGGGCUGCUCGUCAGAUACGAUAGAAGUCUCCUGCAACUUCACUGGAGGUGGACAGACUUGUCUAAAACCAAUAACAGUAUCCAAGCCAGCAUUCAGCGUCUGUCGUGUCCAGAUGAACUUCCUGCACCUGCUGAGCUCCGAGGCAGAGCAGCACGUCAUCGUGCACUGCCUCAACUUCUCGGUUUGGAGGUCGGCUGAGGACCAGCCGGCCGGCCGGGGCUCCGUCAGGUUCAAGGCCUGGAGCGAGGAGGUGUUCGAGGUGGGGGGAGAGCUCGAGCCAGAAGUCAUAGAAGACUCCUGCUGGAUAAAAGAUGGCCGCUGGCACCAAACACAUUUUGUGUUCCACUCCCUGGAUCCCUCCCUGCUCCCCGUGGUCGACAUCUACAACCUCCCCAAGACUACACCUGGCUCACAUUACCACCUCGAAGUAGGUCCUGUAUGCUUCCUGUGAGGGCCGCCAUGAGUCUUCUAAACAUGGAGGAAUGGAUCAUCGCCCUUUAGGUGACAACUUCAUGCGGGCGUGGAGAUCGGAGCAGUCUCCUCCAAUCCAAGCGAGUACAAGCCUCCCUCCAAACAGAUCCUGCUUCACUCUUCCAAACUCCCAUUGGACU